AUGGAGCACCCCGACAUUGCCAGCCAUGACUCUGAUGGCUCGGGCUCGUCAGACGAGUUCCCUGCUCAAUACAGGGCCAACUCAUCCUUCGGUGAAGGCUUCGACGGUUCAGGCCAGAUACAGACCCCGGCCACCACCAUCACUUCCUCUCCUCCGUCCCACUCGUCCAGUGUCUCUUCGUGGUCCGGUACCCCGACUACUCGUCCUCGCGGGAGUAGUGUUGGGGCUGCGACUGUGCUCGACAAUCCCGAUGGGCAGGCCAUGUCCGGCGAUCUGCGGCCUCAGCGCCCGUCGGCACCCGCCAGAACCCCCUCCAACACAUACGCCCCCCAGCGGCGGCCUCCACAGUAUAUAAGCCUUCAGAACGAUCGUCAGCGCUCAUCGUCAGCCAAACGAACCCCUCGACGUGAUCCAAAUGCGCAGUACAGGGCCCAGGAAAAAGCCUACGUCCAGCGGAUCCGGGCCAAUCCGCAGGCCUGGUAUCACCACUUUGACGACGCACAGUCAAACGUAAUGGUAGGGGAUGCUGAUUUGGAGGAUCCAUCACCUUCUUCAGAAGCCCCCUUCGAAGACGACUCUUACGACCCCGAUACCCAACUCUUUCUCCCGGACGAUAACCUUCCCAGCAUAGAAGAACUCAAGAAUCCGAAGAAUCAGGAACGGCUCGAAUGGCAUUCAAUGUUAGCUUCCGUGCUGAAAGGAGAUGUGGUUAGGCAAGAGAAACAACGACUGCUUGGCUCCACCGAGUCCACGCGGUCGGCCGCCCUCAGCUAUGCACUUUGGAUCGGUGUUAGAGCGAGAACGUGUGGACGAAGCAUUGCUCUCCAGCGAAAGCUCAUCGAAGAUGCGCGGGGUCGACUCGGUCCUAUCAUCGACGAUAUAAUCAACUUCCAGAUUAAAGGCGAAACCGAAAUCGGCAAGGCGCCGAGGCAGCAAGUCGAAGACGUUGUACAGAAAAUCGAGCGCUGCGAGGCCCUCUACUCUGCCCACAAAGAGAUGGAAGCUGCAAACCCUCGAGUUGCAUCGGAAGAAUUUGAAUCCAGUCGUGCAGCCAUCUUUGCUUGGCAUAACAUCACUGCCCUGAUCAACACUGAACUGGAAGUUUUGCAAAAUUGGGUGGGUAACGAUGCUCUUGAUUUUGGUCAACCCAGAGUCAAGUCUGCUCAUAGUGAUCUGUCCGAUGACUCGUCAUUUUUGGAUCGCAUCAUGAAAGAAGACGGUUUGAGGACACUUCAGGGUCAGCGCAGUAUGCUGUAUGGCAUUGGUGAGGUCAUUCAGAAAGCAAAGAGCACCUUGAUUGACAAUGCGGAGGCUUUCGCAACUCGCCACUUGCCUCCGUAUAUUGAGGAGCUUUUGACUUUAAUCAACUUCCCCUCACGGCUGAUCCAGGAGAUCAUUCGCGUGCGGCUGUCAUACGCCAAGAAUAUGAAGGAUCCGGCUCAGCAAUCACCUAUUCUAGUGGAUCAGAUGAUUUCGCAAUUUCGAAUGUUGAUGACCGUGGCUACCCAGAUUAAGCAGCGUUACCUCGACAUAUCGAGGCCUGAGCCUGGCUGGGACUUGCCACCAUGUGUUGACGAGAACUUUGACACGGUAGUACUAGAUGCCAUGAAGUACUACUUCCGGUUGCUGAACUGGAAACUGAAUGCGAACAAGAAUACCUUCAAGGAAGCCGAAAUCCUGGAACAAGAAUGGGAGUUCUCUUAUUUGAUCGGGCGACAGCUUGUCGCCGGUGAUAUUGAGGUGGCUGAGCAGUUCAGCGCUUUGACCGCCAAGUCUCUGCAACGGCUGAUGAUCCAUUUCGAACGCGAGCUGGUCCCCAGGUAUAAUGAGAGCGUGGUGGAUAUGGACAAGCGAUACAAGAGCAUUUUGGAUUCUACACGCAUUCGCCAGCGAAAACUUUACCGAUUCUCGCGUUUCCUAUGCCAAUUAUUCGAAAACGCUACCGAAUACAACCUGACUACCGACAUCGCCUACGAAUUCUUCGAGGCACUGCUGAUCUCAGAUCACUUCCUCGUUACAUCUCCCACCUCGGUCGGCCAGAAGGGAGUUUAUUUGAUUGCGCAUCAUUCGUUGUGGAAUCGCCCAUCAGACAUCCAAGCUAUCCUCGCCACUUCUUUCCGAGAUGACGACAUUGCACCAGACGCACAUAUCCCGUACGUGCUUGUCAUCCGUCCAGAGAAACCACUGGCAUGGGCAGGCAAGGAGAUGCAAGUGGAUAUUUUGGAGCAGCCGACUGAUGUACGCCUGGGUAAACUUCGUCUUGUUGUGGAAGGCAUGCAAGAGCGUUUGCAAAAAGCAAGAAUCGAGUUGGCCCAGCUCACUGGCAUCCAGCUGGACAUGGCCAUCGAACAGCGUGCAAACCUCGGCCGUGUCAACGUGGAGCUGAACAAAAUCAAGAAGAUCUCUUUCAAGCUGUCCAUGGCGAUCAUGGAUAGUGUGGCUGUGAUCAAGAACCAGCUACGCGAGAAGACUUGGGAGAACAACGAUCUGGUUCAAGCGUGCUACGCAUUUGCAACUGAAUUCGGUAAACGUUCUUCCAACUACGUCGACUCCAACCGACGCGCUAUGAACAGUGCUCGAUUGGUUGAGCUGUCUCUCGACUGGGUGUCUUUCAUCUGUGACGACUGCGAUGCUGCCGACCGAAAGACUUUCAAGUGGGCCGUUGCUGCUCUCGAAUUUGCAAUGGCUAUCACGUAUAGUCGCCACCUUCUCUCUUUAGACGAGGAACAGUUUGGCCGUCUCAGACUCAAAGUGGCUGGCUGUAUGUCUCUUCUCAUCUCCCACUUUGAUAUCAUGGGUGCUCGAUCAUCCCUCGCGGCCCAAGCGGAGAAGCAGCGUAUGGAGGAGCGUGCUGGGGCCCGAAAGAUCGGCGCUGGCCGUAUUCUCAGCGACGAAGAGGCAUCCAAGCUUAUUCGCGAACAAUGGCACUCCCGUAUUAAGGAAAUUGAAGAUAGCCGGGUGGAGGCCAAACGUCAAGCCUUGGGCAAGGUGUUGGAAGGCUCCAAUGAGGCCGACCGAUCUCUGACCGUGCUAUCCUCUUCUGCCACAAAUGUCACCCUGCGGUGGCAGCAAGGCCAAUUCAUCGGCGGUGGUACCUUUGGUUCUGUCUAUGUUGCUAUUAACUUGGAUAGCAAUUAUCUGAUGGCAGUCAAAGAGAUCCGUUUGCAGGAUCCCCAGCUGAUCCCCAAGAUUGCGCAGCAAAUUCGCGACGAGAUGGGUGUACUCGAAGUGUUGGAUCACCCCAACAUUGUAUCGUACCACGGCAUCGAAGUGCACAGAGACAAGGUCUAUAUUUUCAUGGAAUACUGCUCUGGUGGCUCGCUCGCCAGCUUGUUGGAACAUGGCCGUAUCGAGGAUGAAACGGUUAUUAUGGUCUACGCGCUGCAGCUUCUAGAGGGUCUAGCCUACUUGCACCAAGCAGGCAUCGUGCACCGUGACAUCAAGCCAGAGAACAUCCUUCUCGAUCACAACGGAAUCAUCAAGUACGUGGAUUUCGGCGCAGCCAAGAUCAUCGCUCGGUCAGGCCGCACCGUAGCACCGAUGGACGGACCCGGUGGUAUCGGGAAGGACAACCAGCUUCCCAACCAACGCAAGAACCAGAAGACCACCACAGGAACCCCCAUGUACAUGUCUCCGGAGGUCAUCCGUGGCGACUCUCCCAAUUUGGACAACCGCCAGGGUGCUGUGGACAUCUGGUCUUUGGGCUGCGUUAUCCUGGAAAUGGCCACCGGCCGCCGUCCUUGGUCCACUCUGGAUAACGAGUGGGCGAUCAUGUACAACAUCGCACAGGGCAACCAGCCAACACUGCCUACGCGUGAUCAACUCAGCGAAGUGGGCAUUGACUUCUUGAGCCGCUGCUUUGAAUGCGACCCUCUCAAACGGUCUACUGCCGCCGAGCUGCUCCAGCAUGAGUGGAUUGUAUCCAUCCGUCAACAAGUGGUACUGGAGCCGCCGACCCCAGGCAGUGAUUACAGCAGCUCCGGUUCCGUCACUCGACAGAACUCGACUUACAUGUAA